CACUGGUGAAACAGUGGCAGCUUACUUCUUCUACAGUGGACGUCUUCUUGGACCUAGAAAUAAAGAGCACACCAUCUCCAACGUGCAGCAGUCUAAUGAGGGUUUCUACUGGUGUGCUACUGAUCUGAGUGGAUCAUCUGCUCAUAGCUACCUGAGGGUCAGAGAUCCCCCGACGACCUCCGUCAGAUCAUCUGUCCAUUCUCGUGAAACCAUGUCCCCCUUCCCCUCUCUUCCCCCUCCUCCUCCUCCCACCAACUGUUCCUCACCUCGUCCUCCUGCUCCUUCUUCUUGUGUGCCUGUGUUGAGACUCCUCUCCCACCUGCUGGCCUUUUGUAUUUACUCCAUCACCACCGGCCUGCUGCUGUCCAUCUGCUUGGACCGGCUGGCCACCAGGCGCUCAGCAAACAGACUUCCCGUCUCCGUGGAGAUGACCCAGUGCAUUGAAGAAAACUACGAGGCGGUGGUUGACCUCACGGCUGAGUGCGCGCUCUUCGAGGACUCUGAAUACUCUGAAUGAGUCUGCUGCUCUGACUCCGCUGACGUUUCAUCACACAGAGCAGAGGGAAGCGUCCAUCAUGUGGGAAGCUCCAGCUUCUCAUUUCUCAGACUGCACAUGUGAUACUGGUUUCUUCCCGCUCCUCAAAGUCACUUCCUGAAAGAUUUGUUACUGAAACAUGUCACGGACUGUGGACACGCCUUUGUUCAGGGUCCAGGGUUUUCUCCCUGCUCUCCGCUCGCUCUCCUGCUGACUCUUUGAAUCCCAGCUUUUGUGUAUCGGCUCACAGAUGAACGUCUGAUGUUGGAGGUUAAACUGCUGUAACAGUGAAGCCCAGAGAGGGUUUCCCACUUUUACUAAUAACAUAACGUUUCAAUCUGUAUAUGUUUAACUUUACACCUUGUAACAGUUUAAUGUUGGAACUAUUUUCUCUGUACUGUCUACAUCCGCCAGCCAUAUAACAGCUGGAGGAUGUUACAGCUCAGCUGAUGGGGAAGCUUCCUGUGGUGUUGUCAUGUCAUGUUCUCGGGAGUCACACAGCCACAGGGUGGAAACUAAAACUCAAGACUAAAACCAGCUGUGAAGAAAGUAUUCUCAUCACAUGAUGUAAAAUUAGCUAAACUAAAACAACUGAAACAAUAUUGGA